UAUGUUGGUGUCUCUGAUGGCAGAAUACUCAAAUGGCAAGGACCCAAUCUUGGUUGGAAGGAGUUUGCCAUACCUUCUUCAGACAGGGAUAGGAAGGUGUGCGAUGGGUCAACAAAUCCAGACCUUGAACCAACAUGUGGAAGGCCACUGGGUCUGAAAUUCAACAGUGCAACAUGCGAUCUCUACAUUGCAGAUUCUUACUUUGGUCUCCUAUUGGUCGGACCCAAUGGUGGGGUGGCUCAACAACUUGCUACUUCAGCUGAAGGAGUACCUUUCAAAUUUACAAAUGCUUUAGACAUUAACACCAACACUGGAGUAGUUUAUUUUACAGAUAGUAGCAUUAUCUUCCAAAGAAGGCGUUAUUUUUUAUCACCAAUGAUGUUUGAUAGAAGCGGAAGAUUACUUAAAUAUGAUUCUCAAACCAAGGAAGUAACGGUGUUAUACAAGGGUUUAGCGUUUCCAAAUGGGGUGGCUUUAAGCAAGGACAAUUUUCUUUUAGUUGCUGAAACAAGUAAAAUGAGAAUUUUGAAGUUCAACCUGGAUAGUACGACAGACAGUUACAUUCCAGAACAGUUUGCGCAGUUGCCAAAAAUGCCAGAUAACAUCAAGAGAAAUGAGAAAGGAGAGUUUUGGGUAGCACUAAACAGUGGAAGAGGAAGGAUCCAAAAUGGCGGCGAGACCAAAUUGUCUGGUGAAACAACUAUCCCUUGGUUUCCCCUAGAUCCUGUCGGGGUCAAAUAUGACCCAGAGGGAAAGAUUAUGAAGCAGUUGGAUGGAAAUGGUGGAAUCAGAUUUGAUUCGGUCAGUGAAGUUGAAGAAUUAAAUGGAAAAUUGUUCAUAGGUUCAGUAGUCAAACCUUACGUUGGCGUCCUAGACACCUAAAUUUUCAACUUUUGUAUGCCACUCCAUAGAGUUUUAAGUUGAGAGAAGAUAUUUCUAUUGCAUAUUAGUUAUAAUUACAGAGUGUGGUCGGCAUCUGCCUCUUGAUUUCUGAAUUUUAUGCACUUACAGCAUAUCUACCAUAUUGUCAUCAAGUGAACCCAUAUGUUCAGUUCCCCACUUUCCCCACCUUUCAAUUUUAGGAGUCGUUUAUACAGUUCUACACCCACUUGUAAUAUAUAAAGAAGUAUGUAUGAUCCAGGUCCUUUCCUUCAGGUGUCAUGUAUUAUCAACAUUAUAUUCAAAUGCAAGAACCUAACUUCAGUGGUAGAGUUGGGAUUUCACAUUUAA